CUGCACGCCACAGAGCCAUGGACGAUCUUUUGGAGAAACCCCAAGCUAGUGCACCAAUAACAGACCCUCAAGAUGACGAGGCAGAUCAGUCCUCUGGUGACGAAGAUGGCGGACUCGAUUGGACAAAAUUACCGACGGGCACAUCAGCUCGCCCUGCAAUUCCAAAACGAGGAGAGAAAGACUUUGAACCUGCAGAAGGCGGAGAGUCUGGAUGGCAGCGCUACAACCUUGAUCGAGCUCGCGCAGCUAUGUUCGAUGCUUUGAGGGCCACAAGAGCAAUAUCAAGUAAAUCGGUGAGCUACGGUGUGUGGUAUCCAUCGCUUGGUCGCACCCAUAUCACUGUGGCGCGAGGUGGCCACUUUACUUCCAUGGGCCACUCGGUCGCCCGUUCGUCUCCUCAAGCUCCCGAUCACAAGACCCCAAAACGCUUGGAGCUCCUCCCAGAAGAAACGCUGUUUCUUGUGGAAAAGGGCGCUCUGUUUUGCUGGAAGAAUACAACUGAGCUUCUCAUUGUGGACUUCGGGGAUCGGGAGGAAGCUCCGCACGGUGCACCAAUGUCGGUGCAACAGGCAUUUGCCGAGUUGCUCGGGCAAGAGAAUCUCUCUCUGGAGAAAUAUCAGGUAUUCUCAUAUCUUAAACGACUGGGAUAUGUUGUUACAAGGGCCAAGCCGCCAUCAUCAGCAUACCCGAUGGCGGCCCCGUAUCCUCCCUCAGUUACUUCGUCCUCUCGGCAUUCCUCAAUCUUUCGGCGAGUAUAUCACUAUAUAUCCGGGAAAUUAACUUGGUUGUUCUGCUCUCUGUUCCGCCCUACCUUCCACUGGUGGCAGCCUAUAACCCACAGUCGAUGGGCGCACCACAAUAUGAGUUACGCUUCCAUCUUCAAGUCUUUACGUUUCAUUUCAUCCGGGCACUCAGUCCCGCUCCGACCAAAGCCACCUUCGGAGCCAAAAUUACCUUACGAAGUUUUUUGGCAUCUCUACAAACCCUCGACAGCGUUCAAGAAAUCCUCUCCACCUCCCCCUGAUUUUUCUAUCGUCGUAGUCAACGCGCGCACAACACCCAUUCCAACGCUUGCCGAACUAACUGCUCUAUACAGCACGUUACCUACAUUACCUCCUCCGCUCCCUCGUCAGAGACGCCCGCCUCCGUCCGCAUCUACUACAACUCCUGCCGUUUCCACGACCGCGCAGACAGCCCUGACGGAGCCUUCAAAAUCCACCGCUCCUCUCACGACAACUGCAAUAAAAACGACGCCUACCACCGAAACUGCUUCAUACCCGAAGAAGAGUUCACCAGAACAUGGUAGCCCUCCCACUGUUUCAAUCUUCCAGCGCCUUUUCUCUCUCCUCCCUUUCGUCUCGGCACCAGCCACGACUACGCCCACAGUGCCCUUAGGUCCGCCACCCCGGAGAGUCAACCCAUUUAUGGCUCUACGUCAAGGCAACAAAACUGUGGUGAUUGCAGCCGUGGACGCCGGAGUCAUUUCUUUCUAUAGAUUCGGGGAGGGUAAUUUCGAAGAGUGGCCUAUGGUGUAGAGUAUCACGGGGUCAUGGUCGCGAACGCGAUAGGAGUUCCUUCGAGGUAGAAACGGUGUCGUUUGUGACCUCUGAUAACUUGAGAGAAAGGCGACGUUCGGUCCAAAGGCGUGGUGUAGUGGAUGACAAUCUGACGCCAAUGGCUGCAGACCUGGCAAAGGACCUGGGGACCGAUCUGAAACUUUAUCUGCUGCCGAGAUGUAGUAGAGACAUCCAAACAGGUCAUGAAGAUUUCAGAUAGGGUCUCUGGUGGGAGAUGGCGAACGGAGCAUAUGAUGGUAGACCAGCUCCUGACCUCAGCGCGUAGCGUCUCCCGCUGUGCGACAAGAUCAUUCAUAGCCAAUUCAUAGCCCGACAUAUGUGAGUGAUUUUUCGUCCAUGCGAGACAAUGAGAGAACGUCACGAUAUUCCUUCCGUGCCUUCGGGAGAUGGAGGCGAGUUCCCGGUUCUGAGGGGCGCCAAUCGACC